AUGAAAACAAAAACAAGUCCAAUUUCAGCCUCUUCGGCAGACUCAGCAGGUAGUGUAGAUCUUUCUUAUCCAAAUGACGAUCUUCAGCAGCUAAUCCAAGAAAUAACUCAAUAUCAGCCAAAAGAGACUCAAACUCCAUUCAAAGGUAACUGUCUACUGUUGACAGCUGACCAAAGAUUUUUCGUGUUUUGCAGUGUUGAAGGAAGGGUUGCUAUUUUGGAUAGAAUUACAGGAGAAAUAAUUAAUGAUGUCCUGCUUCCUGGAGGAGGUCUUUAUUCUAUAGCUUUUUACCAAAAUGAGACUUAUGUCUUUUCAGGUGGCAAAGAUACAGUUAUCAGGCAGUUUCUUCUUAAAGAUUUCUCUUUAGUGGCUCAAUUUAAAGGUCACACAGAAAAAAUCAGUGAAAUUAUGUUUUCCCCUGACGAAAAAUGAAUGUAUUCUUGCAGUGAUGAUGGAACUGUCAGAAUCUGGGAUAUGAGCCAGGAAAGUGUUUCAUUUAUAAUGUAUAAGCAUGAUGACCGAGCUUUGUCUAUGGAUAUGGCUAGAGAUGGGACUAUUCUAGUAACUGGUGGCGCUGAUAAAGUAGUAAAAGUGUGCGACUUAACUGAAAAAAAAUUAAUUACAACUAUUACUGGACCAACUAACAGUGUAUGGGAAAUAAGUAUAAACAAAGCAAAAACAAUGAUAGCCGCUGGAGAUAAUGAUGGAGUUGCGUGGAUAUGGAAAUUUGAGACGUGGGAAGUACUUCAUAAGUUACAAGGGCAUUCAAAACGUGUUUCGUGUUUAGAUUUUAUAGAUAAUGAUGCCAGAAUAGUUACAGCAAGCAAUGAUGGCUCAGUCAGAAUCUGGGAUUUAACCAAAAAUAUGAACCCAGUUAUCAUGGAAAGACAUACAAAUUGGAUAAAGUCUAUGUUAAUCAGUCCUGAUGAAGAAUAUAUUUUUACUAUAUCAGAAGACUAUAAGCUAAUUUCCUGGAAAAUUCUCCCUGCCAGAAACGAAAUAAAGCUGGUUGGCCACACGUCUAAUAUUUAUAACACCCUUUAUUCUCUCAAACGCAAUGUUUUCCUUACAAAUGCCAAUGACAAAAUGGUCAUCAAAUGGGAUCCAUAUGCCCAAAAAAAGCUUCAUCAAUGGGAUCACAAAGAUGGAAUUUAUGCUAUGUGCAUGACUGCUGAUGAAAAAUAUGUGAUUGCUUGUACUGCAGGUAAAGAAAUGUAUUUUCUUAACCUCGAUACCCAUGAAUCAAUACAAUUUGAUUACUGUAAAGAUGAUCUUGACCAAUCUUUAAAGCCAAUUAUCAAAGCUAUUAUUGCAACACCUGAUAAUAAAUAUAUGCAAGUUUUAUAAAUUGCCCUAUAAGGGCGGGUAUUGGAGCUGAAAAUUUUCCAGUGGCUGGACCAAUUGGAGAGAGGCUUAUUUGACAACUCUCCAAUUGGUUUGGCCAGACAGCCACUAGAGAGUUUCCAGCUCAAUGUCCUGUUUUAUAGGACAGUUUAUAGGAUUUAGCUAUAUAUAAUUACAGGGGACACUGCUUUUAGAUUAACUGUAAGAGAAUAUCAAGAUCCUACAGGCGGCGCAGAUUUGCCAAUUAAAUAUAUUUUCAGAAAGCAAACUAAUACUGUGUGGUCUUUAGCUGUAAACAGUGACUCUUCAAUAAUUUUUUCAGGUAGCGAAGAUGCAACUAUUGUGAUGUAUAGCUUAAUUGAAUGAGCACCAAUAGCAACACUUGAAGGGCAUACAAAAAAAGUAAAAUGUUUAUCAGUCUCAAAAGAUGAUAGGAUUUUGAUUUCAGGGUCUUGGGACUCAACAUUUAGGAUCUGAAGCAUCCCAAAGAGAACUUGUCUGAAGGAAUUUACAUAUCAUACAGGAGCAAUUAACCAGAUUUAUUUUCCAAAUACAGAAAAUUAUUUUAUCGUGGCUUCAACUGACUGCACAGUGUCAUUUUGGAAUAUGAGGGAUUAUAAUUUUAUAACUCAGCUGAAAUAUAAUGAUCUUUGCUUACUCCCCCAAAACCAUUGAAAAAAUCUCUAUUUUUUGACCAAAAAACCUACCCUCCGUGAGCGAGCAAAAGAUUUGAUAUAUAAUUUAUAAUUAUUAUUAUAAUGAAAUCUCUAGCUAAUUCUGUUUAAUUUAAAAUAGCUUGCAUUUUAAAACAUAAACUUUGCAAAUUAAAUGAAUAUUUACAGCUCAAUUUUACGAGUUGCAUUUUUUUAAAUUUUUAUAAAAAAUAUUUUACUAUAAGAUUUAUAUCCCCCUCCGUGAGCGGGCAAAAUUUAUCGUUCACUCACGGAGGGGGGAAGUUAGCUCUCACAUUGACUCCUGAUGAAAAAGUUUUAAUUGUGGUCGAAAAAGAAUUUGUGUAUUUACGAGAAAACCCAAUGAUGAAUAAUGAGUUUGCAAUCUAUGGCACUGGCUCAAAUCAAUACAAGCUGAUAGAUUAUGCUUAUCGUCUUAUAAAUGGCAAACCUGAGCCACAUGACCCAAUACUUGAUAAAUAUAUUUUUACUCCUACGCUUACCAAUAUGGCACAUUUAUACGCAUAUUUUAAUCAUCCUGAUUUACUUUCCUCAGCCUUUGAUAAUGGAGUUUCACUAUUAAACUCUAAAAACCAAAAAAAUCCAUUAUCAAUUGCUAUAAACAAAGAUUAUAUAGACUGUGUAUACUCUACUUUGAAUUAUCUUAAAACCAAAGUAUCUAAUGAUCCUUAUGCAAUGCUUUUCUUCGAAAACGAUCUGAUUGAUUUAAAUAAAAGAGGUAUUUCAUUGCUAGAUGAAGUCUAUGAUGUCUUAUUGAUUAAAGGAACAGAAGAAUGGUUACCCAAGUUUUGUUCAUCCAAUAAUAGACUGCCUAACUCCCCCAUCCGUGAGCGAACAAAACCAUUAGAAAAAUUCCUAUUUUUUGCCCAAAAACACACUCUCCAUGAGAAAAAAAAAUGUUUUAUGGAAAAAAUUUUAAUAUAUAUAUGAUAAACAUAUAGCUCAUGCACCGAUAUAGAUUUAUUUAUCGAGAAAAAUGCAAUUGAAAUACAAUGACCAAGAAAGACUCUAUUAAAGGAACGGGCUGGAUAUCUAUAUCAGGAAGUGCUAAAAAGUAACAUGCCAAAAAAUGGUGAUAAGUGUGAAAAAAGUUGACAAGUAAAUGCGCCAAUUUUUAAAAUGGCUUUAUUAUUAAAAUAAUUUAAAACUUAAGAAACCCAAUUAGACUUAAGAUAAUAAUUGCAAAUUAAUAUGGGGGGCUAUUUAUUCAAUAUUUUUCAAUUUUUUAAAAUUUUAUGUGCAAUUUCUUCCAUAAUGGACUCCAUCUUUAUAAUCACUUAAGUCAAAAUCCUACUGGAGGUUUACAUGAUAUGCUAACUGGAGUUAUAGCACUUGGUGUCCUAUAAAGUUAUUCGCUCGGGAAGUUCCCCCUUUGCUUUUUCAAUUUUGAGAGUUCAUGUGCAAUUUCUUCCAUAAUGGACUCCAUCUUUAUAAUCACUUAAGUCAAAAUCCUACUGGAGUUUUUGAAUGAUAUGCUUACUGAGUUAUAGCACUUGGAGACCUAUAAAGUUAUUUGCUCGGGAAGUUCCCUUUUGCAUUUUCAAUUUUUAAACUCAUUUCUAUAGCUUUAUCUCAAGCACUUUUUAAAUAAACAAAUAAUCAAAAAUAUUAAAUCUACUAUAAUUUAUAUGUAGAUUUAUUAUAAAAUUAUUAUUAAUUUUUAAGACCUUUAAAAUAAGAUUUUUAGUUAUUAAUCAAUCCCAGUCUAAUUUGGUAUCUUAUUUUAAUAAUAAAGCCAUUUUAAAAAUUGGCGUGUUUACUUGUAAACUUUGUCACACUUGUCACCAUUUUUUGACAUGUCACUUUUUAGCACUUUCUGAUAUAGAGAUUGAGCUCAUCUCUUUGAGGGACUCUGUUUUGCUCGUUCAAUAGUCCAGUACAUUUUGCUCGAAAAGAAAUCUAUAAAAGGGUAUGAGCUAUAUCAUGAAAUCUAUAGCUAAUUCUGUUCAAUUUUAAACAAAUUGUGUUUUAAAACAUAAAUUUUACAAAUUAAAUUAAUAUUUGCUCUCCAAUUUUCGAGAAGUGGGAUUUUUUAAAUUCCGAAAAAAAAUUUUUUUCUUUAUAAAUUUUUUUUAAAAAAAAAAAUUAACCCCUCCGUGAGCGAACAAGAAUUUUUUGUUCACUCAUGGGGGAGUAAGAUAAUUGGAUCUUUUCAUCUUGAUCCAGACCCAACUGAUUUUUUACCUGCUGAAAGCUUUAAAGCAGAAAAUGUAGCUGGGAGUGGAAAAGCUAUCAAUUUUUAUUAUUCUGCUAUUAGUCUUGAUAUGGAGUUAGGCUCAAGCGGCAGUAUUGCGUUUAUGAACAGCGUUGUUAACUGCUCAAACCAAGAUAUAUAUAGGACGCAAUUAGUAAAAGAAAUCUUAGACAAAAAGUGGCAAAAAAUCUGAUGGUUUGUCGUACUGGAAUCUUUAUUUUAUUGAAGCUACUUAUUGACAUUUACAAUUUAUAUCGUGAAUUUUGUAGGAGAAGGCGGCUAUUUGGCGCUUCCGUUCUUUUUUAAUGAAGUUUUAAUGUUCUAUGAAAUUUAUCAAGUAGCUUCAGGAGGGUGGAUGUAUUUUUCAGACUACUGAAAUUAUAUCGACAUUUCAAGCCUUGCACUAUUUAAUGCUUAUGCUUUUUCUAUCUGGAGUGGUGAUAUAGAUCCAACAGGUAACAAAUUAAAUACAAUUUUGGUAGUUAUAACUCUCCUAGCCUUUAUUAGAGGAAUUUCGUAUUUCACUGUUUGACAGGAGACAAGAUAUAUGAUAAACCUGUUGGCGGUGGUUUUUAUACAUAUGAUACCUUUCUUGAUACUGCUAUUUUAUACAACCAUUACUUUUGCAUUGCUACUUUAUGCAUAUGAAUCAGACCCUUCUUUAGAUUUUAUUACUUUUCUUGAAAAUUCAUAUACAUUGAACUUAGGCGGCAUUGAAACUGAUGGCUACGAUUCUAUGGAUUGGGUAAUUUUUGGCUUGUCCACACUUGUUAACCCUAUUGUUAUGCUUAACCUCCUGAUUGCUAUCCUCGGUGACAGCUUUAACGAUGUCCAAGACAACCAAGAAAUCGCUGAUAAAAAAGAACUCGCUUCCAUCAUUCUUGAUAUCGAACUUCUUAUGUCUUGGAAGUGAAAAUCAAACAAAAAAACAUUUUUACAAAUCUGCAGUGAAGAAAAAAUAGAUGCAAUCAGUAGCUGAAACGGCAAAAAGAAAGACCUUGAAGUUACAUUAGAUACGCUUACAGAAACCCUUAAAAGAAACUACAGAAAUAUGCAAAAAAGCGUUGAUAGCGCUACCGCUGCUUUUGAAGAAUUAAAAAAUAAAUUAGAUGGGAAAGAAAAAAAGAAAGAAGGCGAAGAAGAAGAAAAAAAAGAAGAAAAAGAGAAAACAGAAGAAGAAAAAAAGAAAGAAGAAGAGGAAAAGAAAAGCAUAAAAGAAAAGAUGAUGCAGAAAGAAGAAGAUCUGCUCAAAAAAAUCAAAGCAUGUUACGAAAAGUUUUCUCAAUUAGAAAAGAUAGCUUCUGAAGUCAUAACGGAGCAAAGGCCCGGAGACUAA